GCAAAUCAAGGUGAGACAUGUACGUGAACAGAGGAGUACCAAUAUGAACAAUGGCGGUUUUAUUUUUCUUUUUAUACGCCUAUACCUUCUUAAUAUUGCGUAAUUCUGCUGAAGAAUGGAGCAUCGAUUUUAAUUAUGAGAAUAUCCAGAUAUGCUCUUCGAAAAUUUACGGUUGGGAGACAAAUUCACAGAAUUUUGCGAAAUAUGAUACAAAUUUAAGGGAACAAAAGAAUUUAAUUGGUAAAUAUAACUGCUCAAUUAUUCAAGUUAACAUUGAUAAAGAUUGUAAAUGGAUAACAAUAAAUUGUUUACCAAACGAAAAUGAAUAUAAAACAAUUUAUAUAAACGAAAGAUCGAAUCAACAAAAUACGAAGAUGUUUACGUUUACAAGAAAUGAGAAUGCCUUAAAUUUUAAUUGGUCAAAUAUUCCAGUUUACGUAUUCAACAACGAUAUAUUCUUAAUUCAAUUCUAUUUUAAGGAUAGUUUAGGACGAUUUAAGCCUACUGUUGAGUGCUUUAAUUCGUCCAAUACCAGGCAGAGUACGACUUGUUGGAAAUGUGUACAAACAACCACAAAUAGCCCAGAUUAUCAAUAUUUACGUCUAUCUUCAUCGUUUAGGCAUAGAUUUUAAUAUAAUGAGAUUUUUAAUUAACAUACCUCUUAUUCAUCUUUAUUCCAUUUUUAUUCUUUUAAUUUAUCUAACCAACCUGAUCGAUCAUUGAAAUACUAAUACCUUAUUAAAGUAUACAAUAUUACGGUAUACCGUAUAUAUUUCUAUUUCAAUUAGCUAAUAGAUGGCGCUAAUCUAAAAUAAUAUCUGUGAAUUACAUUUUAAUCUAUGCCUAACAAAUAUUUAAUUAAUUAGUCAUCAAAGCAACGUUAUAUCGAUAGUGGAGAAAUCAAUUAUGAGCAAAAUUCAAAUUAAACGUAAUUGCAAUAUGGAAUUAAUAACCGAUAAUGAAUUAUCAAAUAGUCAAAAAUCUAUAUCUCAUAAAAAAUCUUGGCUUGUUCGAACAAUGAAUUAUCUCAUCUUCUCCGAUGGUUCUAUAUGGGAUAAUAACUUAAAUAUUGUUAGUAAUCUAAAUUUCCCUGAUACUGAUGAUGAUGACGAUGGUAAUGGUAAUAUUGACGAAAUCAGUGCCUUGUUCAACGAAGGAGCCUAUUUAUACGUUUAUCGUGCGAAUACUUUCCUAAAAAUUGGACUGGAAGAUUUAAAACUUCAAGGCCAAUAUCGAAUUAAUACAGAUGGCGACCUAAAAACUUUAGUGUCGAUGGAAGAAGGAAAAUUACUAAUUGUCCAUGUAAGAAAGAACAAAAAAAUACUAAUUGAGAAAGUAAUGUUGGGAACUAUUUCAUGGAGAAAUUUCGAAGAGAAGAGAGAGUCUAAAAGUGGCCUCUCUUCCGGCCAGACAGCUGCUAUUACGUGCGCCGUACUAUUAUUUGCUGGUAUUUGUACGGCAGCAUCUCUUUUUGUCUAUAGACACAGAGAUAAAAGUAUGAUGAAAUCUAAUAUUCAAGUAACAGAAUUCGGAAGUGGGGAGGGAGGUUCAAACCGAACGGAAGUUAAAAUGAAUGGCAGUAAUGAAGGAAUCGUAAACAGUUCAUACGAUAAUACAGAUCAAACUGGACCAUUUGGUGCAACCUCUAGUCGCAAUAAAAUGUCUCAGUUAUAUGACAUUAAAGAACCAAGUCCAAAACGAGGUUUUCCUGGCUAUGUUCAAUGUGUUGAUGAUACACCACCGGUACGUAUCAAUUCUAUUACGUAAAUUAUACUCACGAGCAGAAAAAAAAAAGAAAACAAGAAUUCUCAUUCAGCCUAGUUUUAGUAGAGUUUACUAUUACUCUCUUUUUUAUUGUUUUAGAUCGUUUAUUGUAAUGUAUACUAUUAGUAAAGCUUUAGUAAUAUAUAAAUAGGUAAUUUUUUUUUCGUAUCGUGUACAAUCAGAUCUGAUAUUUGUGUAAAAAUUGUAAAAUUAUUCUAAAGAUAUAAAAACAAGAGGUCAUAGAUCCCAUUAGUACAAAAUUUUUAAGGGUUCCAUCCUAUUGAGAAAGUGGAAAAUAGCCACAUUUUGGUCAUUAAUAAAAGAGGUAUGGCAUCGUUAUUAAACUUGAAAAAAAAAAAGUUGUUUGCUCUCACCUGUGGCACGGUUAUGGAGUUCACUAGGUGUACCAUUUAUAUUCGGUACUAUCAGGUAACUCUGGGCUCAUCAGUAUCAUGUCUCUUUGUCUUUUAUUAUAAUCUAAACAAUUAAAUCUAUUUUGAUUUGUUUCUAAAUGAAAAUUAUAAGGUUGAAAUUAGAAAUAUGUUUUAUCUAUUGAC